AUGUCCCAGUUUUCGGCCGGGUCAAAAGCGCCGUCACCAUCUUCCUCUCCCCCAAACGACUCCCCUCUUACCAGCGAGGACAGUGUCGCCGCCGCGAAGAAAGACACCUUUGUUCAGCAACGUGGGCACCAGCGUGUUCCCUCCCGCCCUUUAACGCCGCCGACGGAUGGGGACUAUCACGGGCAGGGGUCCCCUCUAAACAAAGCAUCCUCUCCAGGUAAUAGCGUACAUCGUCACAAGCGCUCCAACUCUCGACCGCUCUCCAUCGUACACGCCUGGUCACCGCCCAAGAUGGACGUCAACGAAGAUACCAUCCCAGAGCUUCAGCCCGUCUUCUCGUUCUUAAACAGCCAUUCCAACAAGCUCUACCAUGAGGGUUAUUUCCUCAAGCUGGACGAUCAAAACAGCCAGGGCAAACCCAAUCCCGAUCGGACAUGGACCGAAUGCUUCGCGCAACUCGUGGGCACCGUCCUCUCGCUAUGGGACGCUGCUGAGCUUGACGCCGCGGGCGAGGACGGGGAGGUGCUCCCCAAGUUUCUCAAUCUGACAGACGCUUCCGUCAAAAUGAUCGAGUCGCUGCCCACGCGCUCUACCGACGAACAGCCUCUCCAGAACAUCCUCAGUGUCUCCACGGCCGGUCGUAAUCGCUACUUGCUGCACUUCAACUCGCACCACUCUCUUGUGCAGUGGACAGCAGCCAUCCGCCUCGCCAUCUAUGAACACAACACCUUGCAGGAGGCGUACACCGGCGCUCUGAUCGCAGGCAAAGCCAGGUCUGUGAACAACAUCAACGUGAUCAUGGAGCGCUCCCGCUUCAACACAGAGGAGUGGGUGCGAGUCCGCUUUGGUGCCGGCGUCCCCUGGAGACGCUGCUGGUGCGUGAUUACGCCUCCCAACGAGAAGGAGUACGCCAAGCAGCAGAAGGAGAUGCGGAAACGAUCGCCGUACGAUCGUUCUCACAUACCCAAUCUCAAAGGUGACAUCAAAUUCUACGACCAAAAGGCCGACGGCAAGAAGCAGAAGAAAUUGCAGCCCAUUGCGACCAUCACCGACGCCUACUCGGCAUAUGCCAUCUACCCUCAAGCAAAGGCGCUCAUCGACGCAUCCACCCUGCUGAAGAUUGAAGGCAAUGUGACUGUCCACACGGAACCCCCCACCUCGUCCGAGGGCUUCGUCUUCAUCAUGCCCGAGGUGCGUCCCAUGGUCAGUGGCUUUGAGAUGCUCCUGCGUUUCCUGUUCCCGACCUGGGACACGUUUGCCUUGUACGGUCGUCCCGGAAAGCUCGUCGCCAGCAUUCUUGAUUCGAGAUCCCUCAUGUUCGCCAUGCCCAAGCACAAGCGCUACGGGUACCUGGAACCCUUGGAUGUGACCAACCUGAUCAACGAAGGCUCCAGCGGUACUUGGACCGAGCAGGAGUGGCGAAGGCGCCUCAAGGAGGCUACAGGCACGCGCAUGAACGCUAUUGAGGAUGGCACCAGGUCACCCAAGUCUCACUCGCGCAGUGCAAGCCGGAGCAGUGGUAACAAGGUGUCGUUUGGUCAAGAUACCGGCAGGCCCAAGGUGGGCUUUGCAGGUGAGCAGGUCAGGGGCUCGCGAUCCUUCUCUCUCAACGGUCCCAACGCUCCACCUGGACAUGGCACACCCGGCGCACCUAAUCCCGGUCAGGAGCAAAUGGCACGUGGCCAUGUGCGCAACAAUUCGGACCCAAGCUCGCCAGGCGCCAAUCCCUACGACAACCACCACGGCACGCCGCCGGUGCGCGACCUGAGCAACAUGCGUAGCCUGAACACACCCGAGCCUGUCUCGCGACCCCCUGAAUUCGGAGCCAAGCAGCACCAGGGCCGUCCUAUCAGCAGGGCCUACCACUCACCGGAACUGCGUAGGGCUAACAGCCGCCUCUCUGCCACCACGCUCGCGCAACUGGCCAAGGCCGGCGGACUCGAGGUCAACGACCAGAACACUGGAAUGCCACAGGAUAGGAGGGCGAUGGAGGAUGGAGCCAUUGCAGGGCCUUCGGUACAUCACCACGCCAACCCCAUGGGAGCAUCUGCUAACGACAACCGUUCUCGUGAAGCUCUGAGACCUCCAGGUCAAAACCCGUCGCACAUGCCAGCGCCGCUCAACCUUCCGCCGAACCGAUCAGAGUCCCCGUAUGGCCCGCCGAGUCCCUAUGGCGCUGGGCCCAACUCAUCUCGACCGAGUACGUCAGACGGGCAGCCAGGUACCCCCGGGAGCCAGAUGGGCGUCGCCGGCGCGCCUCGAUCGCCUCGCCCACCACCUCAGGGCGCCCCUCAGGGUGCACCAGGCCAGCCCCCACCAGGCCGUGGGCGUCCGCCGCCCAACAUGCGACCACCACAGAAUGGCCCCCCUUCCGACUACUUUGGCCGCGGCCGAGGCGGGCCUCCUCCAGGCCAAGGCGGCCGCGGUGGUUAUGGGCCUCCAGGCCACGCCCAGCGGAUGGUGCUUCCGGAGAGAUCCGCAAGCUUGAAUAAGCACGGGAGCACCACCGCCGACGAGAUCAUCGAGUCGUACACAACGGAGCGUGGCCCGCCACGCGAUCAGUAUGGGCGUCCGCCUCCUAGCCGUGGCGCGCCUGGCCCAGGCUACGGGUUCGCGGACGGGCCUGGACCCGAUCCACGCCGUGGCCCCCCGACUCCCAUGGACUAUGCCGACAGCUACGCCCCGGCUGGCUCCAACCCUUACCAGGACGAUGGUGGCUACCCGGAUGAGGCGCGGUCUCGUGCCGGCACGAUGCGGUCUACGGGCAGUAACCAUGAGCCCGGCGCCGCUCGGUCUGACUAUGGCUUCCCAGAUGGCGGCUACGGACCACCUGGUGCUGGGCCUGGCCCUGCUCACGGACCGCGGGGCUUCGCGCCCCCUCACCAAGGGCCGCCUGCUCUUUUUGCCCAGCCUCAGCGUCCAUACUCUCCGGGCGGUUCACGUCCAGGCACGGCUGGUAGGAACUCACCUGCGCCUCCAUCUGGCCGGGGGGGUAUGAGGCCCGACCAGCCUCAGCAGCGCAACAUGAAUUGGCAAGCGCCCCCGGGAUCCCCAGGCCCGGGGGGGCCUCAUCCUUAUGGCAACAGAGGUGCUGCCCCCAGUCCUGGUCCGGGCGGUCCUCCUGGCCAGCCCAACAGCUUCUCGCGGCCUCUGCAACCGGGUGUCCCGCCCACUGAUACUCGCCACAUGCCACCACCGGGACAGUACGGAGCUCCGUCGCCUGGACAACCAAACGUCCACCCCCAUUACCAAGGACAGGCGUUCUAG